CACACACACACACACCAGCCGACGGUUGACCAGUGUCAGGCAUUGCGUAGCUCUGAAAGUGGAACCCUCCAGGGCUAAUACCCCAGCGCUACGCCGCAUUCGUCCUAUAGAGCUCAAGCGUUUCCCUGCUUCUGCACGUUUUGGCUCCUCUCGAGCGAUCUUUGCUGCACUUGUGACAGCUUUCAGGCAGGAAAAAAACGUUAAACUUGGACAAAGCUCUUUUCUCUUCGCCUUGUAGAAAUCAACCGCCCUGCUGCUGCUGGAAUAUCUGCACUGCCACAUUCAUGGCCGACGCUAUGGAGGACAACCCAAUCGUGUUCUUCGAUGUCACGUUAGGAGGGGAGAAGUUGGGGCGGAUCAAAAUCGAGUUGUUUAAGGAUGUAGUGCCAAAGACUGCUGAGAACUUUCGUCAAUUCUGCACUGGAGAGACGAAGAAUAGUCGCGGCCAGCCACAAGGCUACAAGGGUUGCAAGUUCCACCGCGUGAUCAAAGGAUUCAUGAUCCAAGGCGGAGACUUCAUCAACGGCAAUGGCACGGGCUCAAGGACCAUUUACGGCACCGAGAAAUUUGCAGACGAGAACUUCACCCUCAAGCAUGACAAGCCCGGUCUCUUGUCCAUGGCAAACUCUGGGCCACACACGAAUGGAUGUCAGUUCUUCAUCAUCACCGCCAAGAACGGAACGCCUCACCUGAACGGCAAGCACGUCGUCUUCGGCAACGUCAUUGAGGGCAUGGACGUCGUCACCAAGAUUGAGAAUACCCGUACGCUUGCGAAUCCAGAGGGAAAGCCGCUGCAGGACAUCGCCAUUUCACAGUGCGGCGAAAUGUGAGCAUGACUAUUCUACCAUUGAUUUUCUUAAUGAAGAGAUGGCUGUACCCUUGGGAAACACUAUGCGUAGGUUGAGGUGAUAGAGAGGGGCCAACGCCAUGAGAGAGCUUUAUGCUGUCAUAACCCGUUGUUGCCAGACGCUCAGCACUUGGUAAAUGCUGCUUUCAGCCAAUAGCGCAAUGAGGGUCGAAGUUGGUCGAGGUCAGAUAGCAAGCGUGUACAGCAAACUUGUAGUUUUCUGUAAGAGACACAGAACUACAGCUUCCAUGAGAGUGUCAAUCAAAUGCAAUUGGCGCU